CUUUUGAACAGGGUUAUGCAAACUGAUUCUUCUCCCUGUCCGUUCCCUUCAGGGUAAAGGUGUGUGUUUCUGUGUCUGCAGGUAAGAUUAAGUACUCUGAGCGUGUGUAUGACGCCUGCAUGGACGCGUUUGACUGCCUGCCUCUGGCUGCUCUCCUCAACCAGCAGUUCCUCUGCGUGCACGGAGGCCUGAGCCCCGAGGUCACCUGCCUGGACGACAUACGGAAGCUGGACCGGUUUAAAGAGCCCCCUGCGUUCGGGCCGAUGUGCGACCUGCUGUGGUCGGACCCGGGAGAAGACUACGGCUCGGAGAAGACCCAGGAACACUUCUGCCACAACAGCGUGAGAGGCUGCUCGUAUUUCUACAGGUACGACAGACCUGAUUG